AUGAGAUUAGGGAAGCGCGGAAUGAGAUCAGGGAUGGGCGGAAGGAGAUUAGGGGUGGGCGGAAUAAGGCGCGGGUUGAUGGGGAGGGGGAAUGGAGGGGGAGAGCAGGUGCUGCCCGAGGAGGGGGAAGAGAGACGUCCAGAGGGGCUGAGUGGCGUGGUGGACAAGUGGGGCUGGACCGCCAUGCAUGUGGCUGCUCGGAAUGGUGACUCCCCCGUGGUCAGUCUCACCUGCCUCCCCGCCUGCACCCAUGCAGCACAGCCAUGCACCAGCUCUCACCCAUGCAGCACAGCCAUGCACCAGCUCUCACCCAUGCAGCACAGCCAUGCACCAGCUCUCACCCAUGCAGCACAGCCAUGCACCAGCUCUCACCCAUGCAGCACAGCCAUGCACCAGCUCUCACCCAUGCAGCACAGCCAUGCACCAGCUCUCACCCAUGCAGCACAGCCAUGCACCAGCUCUCACCCAUGCAGCACAGCCAUGCACCAGCUCUCACCCAUGCAGCACAGCCAUGCACCAGCUCUCACCCAUGCAGCACAGCCAUGCACCAGCUCUCACCCAUGCAGCACAGCCAUGCACCAGCUCUCACCCAUGCAGCACAGCCAUGCACCAGCUCUCACCCAUGCAGCACAGCCAUGCACCAGCUCUCACCCAUGCAGCACAGCCAUGCACCAGCUCUCACCCAUGCAGCACAGCCAUGCACCAGCUCUCACCCAUGCAGCACAGCCAUGCACCAGCUCUCACCCAUGCAGCACAGCCAUGCACCAGCUCUCACCCAUGCAGCACAGCCAUGCACCAGCUCUCACCCAUGCAGCACAGCCAUGCACCAGCUCUCACCCAUGCAGCACAGCCAUGCACCAGCUCUCACCCAUGCAGCACAGCCAUGCACCAGCUCUCACCCAUGCAGCACAGCCAUGCACCAGCUCUCACCCAUGCAGCACAGCCAUGCACCAGCUCUCACCCAUGCAGCACAGCCAUGCACCAGCUCUCACCCAUGCAGCACAGCCAUGCACCAGCUCUCACCCAUGCAGCACAGCCAUGCACCAGCUCUCACCCAUGCAGCACAGCCAUGCAGCCCGCUCAACACUCUCUGAACCCACCGUCCAUCACGCGCAUGGACCGCACUCACCCUGCUGCCCGCUUCUCUCCCUCCCCGCCGUUCUCCCAUGCAUGUGCCUGCAGCUGCAGGCGCUGUUGCGCAUGGGCAUGCCAGCGGGGGUGUGCAGCACGCGCAACGCCACCACGCCACUGCACGUGGCGGCGUAUGGCGGCCACGUGGACUGCAUGUGCCUGCUGGCGGCUGUGCGUGCCUGGCGGCUUGACCAAGCAGCAGUGGGAGGCAGUGAGAUGACUUGCACACCAGGGAAUAGAGCCAGCAGAGGUAGAAGCAGCGGGGGCCAACCCCAAGGCGGUUCAGAUAGUGUGGGAGGAGCAUGCGCGGCGGGCAGGCCAAGGAGGGGAGAGGGGGCAUGGGUUUUGGAAGGAUGGUGUGGCAGAACACAAGGAGGACAGGGUGCUGAGCAGUGGGAAGGGGCGGGAGGGGGGGGUUAUAGAGCCGCUCCCAGGGCAGUGGGGAAGGUGAGAGGAGAGCCGUACACCAACUGCACCGCUCUGAACCCAUUUGUGCAGUGGAAUCUGCAGCCGCUGCUACCAGCCACUCCCCCCUCCUUCACCCUCACCUCACCACCCCCACCCGCCUUCACGCCGCCAUACGCCCUCUCGUCCAUCUGCUUGUGGACGUCCCUCUCCGCCAUCGCACCUGGUCGCACACAAGCAACAGCCCUCCUGCCACUGCCGCCACACACAAAGCCUGCUGAUGCAGAUGCUGGCAGUGGAGGCGAGAAGGCAGUGGGGGGCGCAGUUGGUUCGAGUCAGGGCGUGCAGGGGGAGUGGGCAGUGGCGGGGUAUGAGGCGAUGCGUGUGGUGCAGGUGGGGGGUGGGUGGCGCCAGGGCAGCUAUGGCCUGCCCUCCUCCCUCGCUGCCUCUGCUGCACCUGCUGUGUCUGGAAGGCAAGGAAAGGGGAUGGGGGGAAGCAGGGAAGGGGAUGGGGGGAAGCUGGGAAGGGGAUGGGGGGAAGAAGGGGAGGGGAUGGGGGGAAGCAGGGAAGGGGAUGGGGGGAAGCAGGGAAGGAGGGGUAGCACCGGGGGGAAAGGAGGAGAAGCAGGGGGGGAUAGGAGGGGUAGCACCGGGUGGCGCGUGAUGCCUACAGCGGGGCGCACUCAGCUGCUUGCGGUGUGCGCGCUGCUUACAGCUGGGUGCGCGCCCCUUGAAGGGAGGUGGCGCGUGAUGCCUACAGCGGGGCGCACUCAGCUGCUUGCGGUGUGCGCGCUGCUUACAGCUGGGUGCGCGCCCCUUGAAGGGAGUGACCAAGCAGCAGUGGGAGGCAGUGAGAUGACUUGCACACCAGGGAAUAGAGCCAGCAGAGGUAGAAGCAGCGGGGGCCAACCCCAAGGCGGUUCAGAUAGUGUGGGAGGAGCAUGCGCGGCGGGCAGGCCAAGGAGGGGAGAGGGGGCAUGGGUUUUGGAAGGAUGGUGUGGCAGAACACAAGGAGGACAGGGUGCUGAGCAGUGGGAAGGGGCGGGAGGGGGGGGUUAUAGAGCCGCUCCCAGGGCAGUGGGGAAGGUGAGAGGAGAGCCGUACACCAACUGCACCGCUCUGAACCCAUUUGUGCAGUGGAAUCUGCAGCCGCUGCUACCAGCCACUCCCCCCUCCUUCACCCUCACCUCACCACCCCCACCCGCCUUCACGCCGCCAUACGCCCUCUCGUCCAUCUGCUUGUGGACGUCCCUCUCCGCCAUCGCACCUGGUCGCACACAAGCAACAGCCCUCCUGCCACUGCCGCCACACACAAAGCCUGCUGAUGCAGAUGCUGGCAGUGGAGGCGAGAAGGCAGUGGGGGGCGCAGUUGGUUCGAGUCAGGGCGUGCAGGGGGAGUGGGCAGUGGCGGGGUAUGAGGCGAUGCGUGUGGUGCAGGUGGGGGGUGGGUGGCGCCAGGGCAGCUAUGGCCUGCCCUCCUCCCUCGCUGCCUCUGCUGCACCUGCUGUGUCUGGAAGGCAAGGAAAGGGGAUGGGGGGAAGCAGGGAAGGGGAUGGGGGGAAGCUGGGAAGGGGAUGGGGGGAAGAAGGGGAGGGGAUGGGGGGAAGCAGGGAAGGGGAUGGGGGGAAGCAGGGAAGGAGGGGUAGCACCGGGGGGAAAGGAGGAGAAGCAGGGGGGGAUAGGAGGGGUAGCACCGGCGGGGCGAGCGCUGAGGCUCAGGUGGCGCGUGAUGCCUACAGCGGGGCGCACUCAGCUGCUUGCGGUGUGCGCGCUGCUUACAGCUGGGUGCGCGCCCCUUGA